AUGAGCUUCGAGCAGCGCAAGCUGAUGCCCAAGACCCACUCCGUCCUCGGACCCCACCAAGCCAACAGUAUCUGCCCAGGCGAAAGCGGGCUUCUCGGCCACCUAAAGAGCGCGCGCUCGGUCUCCCACCAUUAUCCGUCCUCUUCGUCCACCUCCACCUCCGUCUCUGCCAGCGUCCUGUCGCCGAAACGCAUUGAACCCCACUCCCCACGCCCCCAUCCCAACCAUCAACAGCACCAGCACCAGGCGGAGGAAGCAGAGGAGGAGGGAGGCCACGGCGAAGCCUUUGCGGCUUACUCCUUCGGCCAAAAGCCCCUCCCACCAACCCUCCUCCGCGCCCGUCCCCCGCCCACCAAAUCGUACUCGCUCGACCUCGACCGCUCCCAUUGCUUCAGAGUCUGCUCGCUCGCCGUCGCCGCCAAGACCGACUCCUUCGCCCCCCCUCCGCCCCCUUCUCAGCCCCCCCGAGACAACCUUGCCAACCUCGAUAACCGCCUCCUGGUCUCUCCCGACCGCGCGUCCCCCCGUUCGGUCUUCAGCGGAGGGCCCAGAGACAGCUUGGGCGCUUCUCUGAAUGGAAGUGGACCUUACCCUUGA